AGCUUGCUGCAUCGCAGCGUGAGCAAGCCUGCCUCCAUGCUUUCUGCGUACACCGAUCACGAAGCGCUGCUUUCGGGAUGCCACCGGGCGUUGGUGUCCUCGACUUCUCAGUUCUGCCCAAACGGGCCGGGGAGCCUCCGGAGCUGCGCACCGGCCCGAGCGUCACGAACUGGAUCACCGCUCUGCCAGAGCAUGGGAUGUGGUGCUUCUGCCGGCCCGGCGGCACCUGCUCAGCAGCCGCCCGCGGCAUGCCCGGCCGUGACCGUGGGCGCCGUGCCGGGCCAGGUGGGCUCGCAGCCGUACCAGCCCGCGUGCCAAAUGCAGAUGGGAUCGCAGCCGUACCAAGCGGGCGCCCCUACCGUUGCGGCCGGCCGUGGCGAUGCCCUGCUCGAGUUCUUGAGAGGUCUUGGCGUGCGGGACACCGGAACGGCCGCGGCCGCGCUGCAGAGCGCGGGCAUCUCUGCACCCGGCGAUUUCUUCAACCUCGACAAGGACAUGCGCCAAGAGCUCGACGAGGAGCUGAAGAGAGGGGGCGUCACCCUCGGGGACCGCGCCAAGAUCAAGAAGGCCGAGCAGGGGGCGAAGGUGCAGCAGGGCAACGGAACAGUAAGCGUAACGAUGCUGAAGGUUGGGGAGGCAAUGCAGGCGGCGAGUUCGCUGGAGCGUGUGUUUUUGGGACUGGGUUGGAAAGAGCGUCCUGGGCUUAGCAAGUCCAUUGAUGUGGAUGCGAGCUGUAUCGGCUUCAGCAGCGGGGCACCCGUGGAGACGAUCUCCUUUAAGAAUCUCCGCAACGUUUCGCGUAGUCUGGUACACACUGGAGACGUGCUCUCAGGACAGCCUCCAGACGGAAAGAGGGUAGCCGAUUUGGAGAGAAUGUACGUUUGGCUCUCGAAGAUUCCUUCCCACAUUGACAGUCUGGUGUUCGUUGCAAACGUGUACACUCAGGGGGCUGAUUUCGCGGAGCUGUCGGAUGCAUAUAUCCGAUUGGUCAACGCAGAUACCAAUCAGGAAGUGUCUCGGUUCCCGUUGGCAGGCACCGGUCUGAAAGGGAACGCUUUGGUCUUUGCGAAGCUCUACAGAUACGGUCAGCACGGGCCCUGGCAGCUGCUCGCUCUCGGCCAGCCGCUGACCGUGCCAGGGUGUUCUUCGAUCGAUCAGAUGUACCCGCAAUUGCAGUCUUCAGGCAGUGCGUUACCGUACUCGCCAAACGGCUACAGUCAUGCGUCGCAGCUUCCUGGCGCCCCGCAGCACGGCUUUCAGUCCGCAGCGCAGGAUGGGCCCCAGUCGAUCGGAAAGCCACCUGCAAAAUCACAGACGCCAUCAGCGAUGUUCCUCUGCCCAGCACUCGCAGUGGGCACGGUGGCUGGUGUUGCCGCAGCCACUGCCAUCUUCAUGUCCGACGACAUCAGCCUCGAUAUGAUGCAGCCUUCCGUCUUCGAAACGGGCGUGGAUUUUACGAGCCUGGUGCCCAGUGCCGACACUUUGGCAGGUGUCGAGGAACUCUUGCCAACAGACGAACUCGCUGCUGCGUAUGAGUGGGCUGGAGGAGUGAUGGAGGGUGUGGAUUUCGACGGUGCCGGGGAAGCGCUUUCGGAGGCAGUCGGCACGGCUGGCGAUGGAGUGGGUGCGGCCGCGAGUGCAAUUGGAGACGCUGCACCGGGCAUCGCGGAAGCAGUUGAGGGCUUCGCUGGGGAUGCCGGAGAAGCAGUGGGAGGUUUUGCCAGCGAUGCCUUUGAGGCCGCUCCAGGAGCUCUGGACGCAGCGGGAGGCUUCGCCAGCGACGCUUAUGAGGCCGCUCCCGGAGCUCUGGACGCAGCGGGAGGUUUCGCCAGCGACGCUUAUGAGGCCGCUCCCGGAGCUCUGGACGCAGCGGGAGGCUUUGCGGGCGACGCUUUUGAGGCCGCUCCCGGAGCUCUGGACGCAGCGGGAGGCUUUGCGGGCGACGCUUUUGAGGCCGCUCCCGGAGCAUUGGACGCAGCGGGAGGCUUUGCGGGCGACGCUUUUGAGGCCGCUCCCGGAGCAUUGGACGCAGCGGGAGGCGAUGGGCCUGUUUUCCAUCACCACCACCACAAGUUGGAGGGGGAAGGAGGUGGAGGACGAGGAGGAGGAGGACGAGGAGGAGGAGGACCCAUCGGGAGGCUUUGCUGGCGACGCUUUUGAGGCCACGCCGGGGGCUCUGGACGCAGCGGGAGGUUUCGCCAGCGCGGGUGCGGAGGCGGCGCCCGGAGCAGUGGAGGCGGCCAUGGCGGGCGUGGGGGAGGCGAUGAGCUUCUUCGGAGGCCUGUUUGGCGAUUAGGCAGUCUGGCAGUGACCUUUUGCACCAGGAUUAAGUCGGGCCUGUCCCUCUGCAGGGGGAAUGUGCAAAAAUAAUAUAUAGAUUGACUAUUUUUAUGUUUCCUCGAACAUCGGCCUGUAGGGGGACAUGCACGACCUGAGACCAGGAAUGUGAGUGACAUCAAAACGAGUAGGGACGCAGGCCACCAGAAAGGUUCAUGCGGGACUUGCACGAAUGAGCUGCGAGACCCAUUAGUUCUAGGCCGUUUGCCGAUAUCACCCCUCGCUUCCCAGCGAUUUUCUGGUGACGCAGGUCCAGACGCACCUGUCUUGCCUUGCACUUCUGUUUGAUGUGCUCGCGGGUCGCUCGGCUGUUUCCAAAGUAUGAC